UGAGUGCUUUAUUACAUCCAUUGUAUAUUUGUAUACUUUUUGAGCACAUUGAGAUUUUGAGAGAAGGGAAUUAAAGGAAAUGGGCAAUCACAAGUUACUACUACCACUCUGCAUAUUUGUGUUGGUUCAUUUCAUUAUCUUCGGUGAAUCUGCACCUCAAGGAGCUCUCAUCACACAUCUCCCUGGCUUUUCAGGCAAAUUCCUCUCCCACCAUUACUCAGGAUAUAUAAAUAUUGAUGGAAAAGGUGAGAAUGGGAAGAACCUGUUCUAUUACUUUGUAAGUUCAGAAAGAAAUCCAAGGAAGGAUCCAGUAGUGCUAUGGCUGAAUGGUGGACCUGGGUGUUCCAGCUUUGAUGGCUUUGUUUAUGAGCAUGGGCCAUUCAAUUUCGAGGCUGCAAAAACCAAAGGGAGUCUGCCCAUUUUGCAUCACAAUCCUUACAGCUGGUCCAAGGUUUCCAACAUCAUAUAUUUGGAUUCACCGACGGGUGUUGGGCUCUCUUACUCACAAAACUCAAGCCAAUACAUAACUGGGGACCUACAAACUGCUUAUGAUACCCAUGAUUUCCUCUUAAAGUGGUUUGAGCAAUUUCCAGAAUUCCAGGCCAAUCCAUUUUAUAUUUCUGGGGAGUCUUAUGCUGGAAUUUACGUACCCACUCUAGCUUUGGAAGUUGCUAAAGGAAUCCGGAGACGUAAAAAGCCCGUGAUCAAUUUAAAGGGUUACAUUGUGGGAAAUGGUGUCACGGACCCAAAAUUUGACGGCGACAGUGCUUUUUAUCCAUUUGUGCACGGGAUGGGUCUCAUUUCCGACUCUAUCUAUGAGAGUGUGCAAGCUUCUUGCAAAGAAACUGACUAUAACUUUGAAUCCGAUAGUGAGGGUAGUAGUAGUACAUGCUCUAAGAUCUUGAACAAAAUUUCAAGGGCAAUUGAAGGGCUUAAUGUGUACAAUAUACUAGAACCAUGCUACCAUAACCCUGAUGAAGAAAGAAAUGGAAGUUCUAAGUUGCCAAUGAGUUUCCAAAAAUUAGGGAAAACAGAGAGACCUCUAGCAGUGAGAAAGAGGAUGUUUGGUAGGGCUUGGCCUUUUAGAGCACCAGUCAGAGAUGGCCCUGUUACCUUAUGGCCACAAUUAAUGGCCCAGAUGAGUCAUAGUAGUGGAGUCCCUUGUGUUAGUGAUGAAGUAGCAACCACGUGGCUAAACAGCAAUGAAGUUAGGAAAGCCAUUCAUGCUUCGCGGGAGGCUGGUAACUGGGAUUUAUGCAGUGAUAAAAUAAUUUUCGAACACGAUGCUGGAAGCAUGAUUCCUUACCACAAGAAUCUAACCAAACUGGGUUAUCGAGCACUUAUUUUCAGUGGUGACCAUGAUAUGUGUGUACCAUUUACUGGGAGUGAGGCUUGGACAAGAUCUUUGGGAUACAAGAUUGUGGAUGAAUGGAGACCAUGGAACUCUAAUGACCAAGUUGCUGGGUACUUACAAGCGUACGAGAACAACCUUACCUUCAUCACAAUUAAGGGAGCUGGGCACACCGUGCCGGAAUAUAAGCCACGAGAGGCACUCGAUUUUUACAGGCGUUGGUUGGAAGGAGAAUCAAUAUAAUUGUAAAUUCACCAAUGAAAAUUAUAAUAUAGUUACAAUAAACAUAAAUAUCAUUAUGUGCACAAAGUUGCCAAAUCCUAAUAUCUUCAUUUGUGAUUGAAUAUAAUUUUGUUUGGUCUCCAGGGGGCGGAGCCAGACUUUGAAAUCUGUAGGGGCCAAAUUUUAAAUA